UUUUUUUUUUUUUUAAUUUUCCAAUUUGGAGUUUUGCAAAAUCUAAAAGCUUCAAAAGCUUUGCGCCUACUCUUAUUUCGAGGGCAGGACAUGCCUCCUCGAUUGAGUCUACGGCCCAUUGGGUGUCGUACCUCACUCUACUACAAUACAAAAAGCGCCGAGAAAAGUUCUGUAUGCUUUUUUUGUUCUCUUUCGAGUCGAUCUAGUGGGGAACCGAAUCGUCGUCUGAGACGAAAAGCGCAAAGUCCUCGUCGCUUUGCCUCGACUAUUCCGACCGUCACUAGCCGCGCUACCACCGACCCUCGAAAGGAACUAGAGAAUAUACUCCUGGAGCUUCAGAAUGAUGCUUCCAACUAUGUCAAUCUUUCUCGUUUACAGUUAGCCCUCAAUGGCUUACGGCAGCAGCCGGGCAGUGAAUCCAUACGAGUUGCUAUCAUGGGUCUGACAAACGGGUCUGAGUCUAGCCAGACUGUAAAACAGGUGUUAAAGCUUUUGCUGGCGGACCCAUUAAAACCCGAGGAAGAAUGGGAGAGAGAGGUUGAGGGUCAUGAUCUGGCGCUGCCAAUGAUUAUACGGGUCGGGCCCGACGUCCCGCUGGACCCCGCCUCUAUAUCCAUCUCGAAGGGAAAUUUAUUGCGCGAAGUCAGCGUCUCUUCUGCAACCCUGAAUGGACAUAAUCUUGAACUGUUGCUUAUGGAGACAACCCCCUUUGUCUCUGCACAGGAAAUACACGCUUUAGAGGGGUUCGAAAACUCGGUCCUCAUUCCUACUAUCGAUAUUCCUACGUCUAGUACGGGACGACACACCCCGAUCAGCACGCCGGUGCACAAGGCUUUGAUUGUGGCCAAUGGCAUAUUAGGCGCCGCAUCAAUAGUGGCAAUGCCAACUCUAGAAAGCCAAAAAGUAAUCACAGCCACGGUAAAUUUGCCGGAUUAUAAGCCAGUUGAUUCCUCGCCAUUGCCUUUCACCCCUAUCGAUGUUAGUACGGCGACUCUUGGAUUGAAAAUCGUUCGCCAGGAUCUCAAAAAUGCCAUUGAAUUCGAGCACCUAUGGUUUCAGAGCAACAUCCCUAAGCUGGUUGAGUGGCUGAAGGCCGACAUCAUGGCUUCUUCUGAAGGCAUAACGAAACCGCCCGUGAAAGAGCUCAUUGCCUCGUUACUCAACAGUACUAUCGUGUCCAUAGAAAAGGAUAAUGCCCGUCAGCUUGGUUCGUCGUUGUCAUCUAUAACGUCUCCCGGGCCUACCAAGGUACUUCAGGAUAGCCUGGACAAAUGGGCCGAAAGUGCACAUGGCGAGUUGCAGGACCAGCUUGACUUUGCGUUCUCUAGUAGAAGGUGGCGCAAAUUAGGAUGGUGGAAACUGUUUUGGCGCGUGGAUGACGUAGGGAUGCUUACCAACGAUAUACUAAGCCAGAGGUUCCUAACAGAGUCAGAGAGGAGUGCCAUAUUCCUUGCCGGAAGGAUGAAAGAAGCCGGUAUCUCACUAGGACCCUUUACCGAUCCUAUAUCCAAAACCACUGAUGAGGACGCCACUUCAGCGAAAGAUGCCGAAUCCAAAGAGAAUAUAUCAGCCGGCACUCCUUGGCCGGUGAACAUUCCUCAUACCCGACGCUAUCUUCAAACUGAGACCAUUCCUGCCUUGCAGGCGCUUGCGCAGAAGCUCACGCUUCAAACACUUAGCACUUCAGGGCUUACUACCGCACUGGGUGUGUUGGUUUACUUCAGUACCUUGACAACUACUGUUUACGAAGCUGGCGCCGUAGCUGCGUUGGGCAUAGCGUGGAGCCUGAGGCGUAUGCAGAAACAAUGGGAGGCUGCGCGAAAGUUCUGGGAGGGAGAAGUUAGAGAAGAAGGUCGCAAGGCCGUUCGUGGCGUCGAAGGCGUUGUUAGCGAGGCGUUGUCGCAGGGCCAAACACCUAGAGACGGACAAACAGUAAGCCAAGAGGAAGUAGGCAAGAUUAAGGGGCUUGUAGAAAAGGCCCAAGAGAUCCUGAGCCGUUUGAAGUAAAGGAAUACUCUACCUCUCCACUGUGUACCUAUUGAUUUACGGUCUGUAUAUAUAUUAUGAUACCAAUUGAUACGAUACGAUACGA